UUGUAGUAUAUCUAGUAUUGAACCCUUGAAUAGUAUAUUUUUUUGUAUUGACUAUUAAGAUUUCUUUAAAUUGUUUAUUAUGGACGACAAAAAGAACAAAACUCUUCAAGAAAUAAUAGACAGCGACGAAGAGUUUGGGGACAAUUACUAUGAAGUUCCUGAAAUUCCUGCAUAUAAACUAGACUGUCGAUUUGAACCCAUUCAAUUUCCAUGGUUGACCAAAUAUAAAGUUAAUAAACUUGUGAAAAAACUUAAAGUGGAUACACUGUUGUCUGGAAUCAAUGAAGAAACAUUUCAAGAGCAAACUAAAAAUCUGAAACCGGGAGAGAAAAUGCUAGUCACCAAUGCAAUAUUGAGUGAAGAUGACAUAUAUUGCCUAAAAUGCAUUGAAACUGUCAGUUCUGAUGCAACUGUACUUUGGCUUAUAAAUUUUCUAAUGUACAAAGACAUUCAAUCCAAUUUUAAAUAUUAUAAAAGGUGUUUAGUGGACAAGUACAAUAAUAACUUCAUGCUCAACAACAUAUUGCAAGACAAUAGCACUAAAAGAUUUAAUUUUGAAUUCAGAGUGGUAAAUGUACAAUAAUAAAUUAAGUGUAAUUUUUAUAAUAUAAAUAAUAAAUAAUAUAUAGUUAAAUGAAAUCUGACUAUAUUUUAGGCUAUACUAAAUACAUACAAACUAGUAACUUUAAUUAUCAGGUAAAAAAUCAAUAAAUAAGUAUUGU